AUGCCUCCGGCUCGCAGCCUCCGCACCAGGGGUGCCAUGAAUGAGAACGACGAGAACGGCCCGUCGACGCGACUGACCCGUGCGAAGGCCGCGGCUUUGUCAGGAGGUGACGCUGCUGUGUCAAAUGCUGCUGCCAAGAAGCCUCUGCAGACCAAGAAGGCUGCUGUCAACACAACGACCAACGGCCCCGCUAAACGUCGCGCUGCCCUGGGAGAUGUCAGCAACGUGACCAAAAACGACAAUGGAGACGCCAAGGACGGGAAGAAGCCUCUGGCAACUAAGACCGCCCUCAACUCCAAAACCGCAAGCCAACCUGGUGGCGUCCAGAAGCUCAGCCGCACUAACUCAUCACGGACCGCUUCGGGGGUCAAGGACACGGUUUCGAAGAAAGCGACUGCUGAGGUGAAGCGCCCGGGAAGUGGCAAUGGGAGUGCACAGAAAAUCAAGCGGACAGCCAGCACAAAAUCGAUCAAGGAGGAAACCGAGGAACGGCCGCGGAAGAAGGUCGAGGUUGAAAAGGCCGCUCCCGUCAAGGCGCCCACCAUCCAAGAAGAGCCUGUUUUUGAGACGGACAAGGCCGCGAGGCUCGAAGAUGUGCCGGAUGAUCUCGACACAGAGGACCUCGACGACCCGCUGAUGGCUGCCGAAUACGUCGUGGAGAUAUUCGACUACUUGAGAGACCUCGAAUUGGAGACGAUGCCAAACCCGGAUUAUAUCGAUCACCAACCGGACCUGGAGUGGAAGAUGCGUGGGAUCCUUGUCGACUGGCUCAUUGAAGUUCACACCCGUUUCCGUCUGCUGCCAGAGACCCUAUUCCUGGCCGUCAACAUCAUCGACCGCUUCCUGUCAGCCGAAGUUGUGGCGCUUGACCGCCUGCAACUUGUUGGUGUUACGGCCAUGUUCAUUGCCUCCAAGUACGAAGAAGUUCUCUCUCCCCACGUCGCCAACUUCAGCCAUGUCGCCGACGAGACCUUCUCGGACAAGGAAAUCCUGGAUGCCGAACGUCACGUUCUCGCCACCCUUGACUAUAACAUGAGCUUCCCCAACCCCAUGAACUUCUUGCGCAGAAUCUCCAAGGCAGACAACUACGAUAUCCAAACCCGGACCCUGGGCAAGUACCUCAUGGAAAUCAGUCUUCUGGACCACCGCUUCAUGUCCUAUCCUCAAAGCCACAUCAGUGCUGCUGCGAUGUACCUUGCCCGCCUCAUCUUGGAGCGUGGACCUUGGGAUGCGACUCUCGCACACUAUGCUGGGUAUACUGAGGAGGAGAUCGAUCCUGUCUUCAGAUUGAUGAUUGACUAUCUUCACCGCCCGGUCUGCCACGAGGCAUUCUUCAAGAAAUAUGCCAGCAAGAAAUUCCUCAAGGCCUCGAUCCUCACUCGCCAAUGGGCCAAGAAAUAUCACCACCUGUAUAUCGAGAGUGCCCUCACGGAACCAUACAACUAUCUCAAAGACGACGAAUAG